CUAAAAAAACACAUAAAAACAGAGCAUCCAACCUUUUUCCGCUUUCUUUCACCCAACCCACUUUCAUCAAAGUGGGCAUACAUACAUACAUACAUACAUUCUUUCAAUCAUUCAUCAUUUUUGAGCUUAUUGAUCCAUUCAAGAUCAACCCACAAUGGACCGUGCAAGAAGAUUAGCAAACAAAGCCAUAAUCAAUCGUUUAAUCUCACAAACCAAACACAACCCAAAAUCCCCUGUUUUUGGUUCAUCAUUUUCAAGGUAUAUUUCUUCUUCAUUACUUACCCCUUGUACAAAAAAUGUUAAAUCAUAUGAAAAAAUUAAUGGGUUUGUUUCAAAAACCCAAAUUCGGUCGAUUUCGAUCGAAUCUUUGAAGCCAAGUGACACAUUCCCACGUAGACAUAACUCUGCUUCCCCUGCAGAACAAACCAAAAUGGCCCAACUUGUUGGUUUUUCAAAUCUUGAUGCUUUAAUUGAUGCAACUGUACCAAAAUCGAUACGUAUAGAUGCAAUGAAGUUUGAUAAGUUUGAUAAAGGAUUAAGUGAAAGUGAAAUGAUUAAACAUAUGCAAGAUUUAGCUUCUAAAAACAGAGUAUUUAAGUCUUUUAUAGGAAUGGGCUAUUAUAAUACUCAUGUCCCUAGUGUUAUUUUGAGAAAUAUAAUGGAAAACCCAGGUUGGUAUACUCAGUAUACUCCGUAUCAGGCGGAAAUUGCGCAAGGAAGGCUCGAGUCCUUGCUCAAUUUUCAGACCAUGAUCACGGAUCUUACUGGGUUGCCAAUGUCGAAUGCUUCGUUGUUAGAUGAAGGGACUGCAGCUGCAGAAGCAAUGGCUAUGUGUAAUAAUAUACAAAAGGGUAAAAAGAAGACUUUUUUGAUUGCUAAUAAUUGUCAUCCGCAAACUAUUGAUAUUUGUAAGACUAGAGCAGAUGGGUUUGAUUUGAAAGUAGUGACGUCGGAUUUGAAAGAUUUUGAUUACUCGUCGGGUGAUGUCUGUGGGGUUUUGGUUCAGUAUCCUGGUACAGAAGGAGAGGUAUUGGAUUAUGGUGAGUUUGUUAAGAAUGCACACGCGAAUGGUGUGAAAGUUGUGAUGGCUAGUGAUUUGUUGGCUUUGACUAUUUUGAAGCCUCCUGGUGAAUUUGGAGUUGAUAUUGUGAUUGGUUCGGCUCAAAGAUUUGGUGUUCCAAUGGGGUAUGGUGGUCCUCAUGCCGCGUUUCUUGCAACCUCUCAAGAGUAUAAGAGGAUGAUGCCUGGAAGAAUUAUUGGUGUUAGUGUUGAUUCUGCCGGUAAGCCUGCUUUACGUAUGGCUAUGCAGACGAGGGAGCAACAUAUUAGGAGGGAUAAAGCUACUAGCAAUAUUUGCACAGCUCAGGCAUUGCUUGCAAACAUGGCUGCUAUGUUUGGUGUUUACCAUGGACCUGAAGGCCUAAAGACCAUUGCUCAACGAACACAUGGACUUGCUGCAACUUUUUCUGCUGGACUGAAAAAACUUGGAACAGUAGACGUCCAGGGUCUACCCUUCUUUGACACUGUAAAGAUAAAUUGUAUCGAUUCAAGUGUGAUAGCUGAAGAAGCUUACAAGAACAAGAUUAACCUUCGUAUUGUCGACAAAAACACUAUCACAGUCUCAUUUGACGAGACAACCACCAUUGAGGAUGUUGAUACAUUGUUCAAAGUUUUCUCCUUGGGGAGCCCGGUGACAUUUACUACAGCAUCUCUUGCACCGGAGGUUCAGGAUGUUAUCCCUUCAGGGCUUAUAAGGGAGACUCCAUACAUGACACACCCAAUAUUUAACUCUUUCCAUACAGAGCAUGAGCUACUAAGAUAUAUCAGCAAGUUGCAGUCAAAGGAUCUCUCAUUGUGCCACAGUAUGAUUCCUCUGGGGUCAUGUACAAUGAAGCUUAACGCAACUACAGAGAUGAUGCCUGUGACAUGGCCAGCAUUCGCAGAUAUGCAUCCAUUUGCACCUACUGAACAGGCAGAAGGAUAUCAAGAAAUGUUCAAUAAUUUGGGUGAUAUGUUGUGUACCGUUACUGGAUUUGAUUCGUUCUCUUUGCAACCAAAUGCUGGUGCUGCUGGAGAGUAUGCUGGAUUGAUGGUUAUCCGAGCAUAUCAUAUGGCAAGAGGAGACCAUCAUAGAAAUGUAUGCAUCAUUCCGGUCUCAGCUCAUGGAACAAACCCUGCUAGUGCUGCUAUGUGUGGAAUGAAAAUCAUAACUGUUGGAACCGAUGCUAAAGGUAACAUUAAUAUUGAAGAGGUACGCAAGGCUGCAGAGGCGAACAAGGACAACCUAUCGGCUUUAAUGGUUACGUAUCCUUCAACUCAUGGAGUAUAUGAAGAGGGUAUCGAUGAGAUCUGCAAAAUUAUUCAUGACAAUGGAGGGCAGGUUUACAUGGAUGGAGCCAAUAUGAAUGCACAGGUUGGUCUGACGAGUCCUGGCUGGAUUGGUGCCGACGUUUGUCAUCUGAACCUUCACAAGACAUUUUGCAUUCCUCAUGGUGGAGGUGGUCCUGGAAUGGGUCCGAUUGGUGUGAAGAAACACUUAGCACCCUACUUGCCUUCUCACCCUGUGGUGGCAACAGGAGGCUUACCUGCCCCUGAAAAUGCUCAGCCACUUGGUACCAUUUCUGCAGCACCUUGGGGUUCUGCACUAAUAUUGCCCAUAUCAUAUACAUACAUUGCCAUGAUGGGAUCUCGGGGACUUACAGAUGCAUCAAAGAUAGCCAUCUUGAAUGCAAACUAUAUGGCAAAACGUCUUGAGAGUCACUGCCCUAUUCUUUUCCGUGGGGUCAAUGGAACUGUUGCCCAUGAAUUUAUUGUUGAUUUGAGACACUUAAAGACUACAGCUGGAAUUGAGCCAGAAGACGUUGCUAAACGUUUGAUUGAUUACGGGUUUCAUGGCCCAACAAUGUCAUGGCCAGUUCCUGGGACACUAAUGAUUGAACCUACUGAAAGUGAAAGCAAGGCAGAGUUAGACAGGUUUUGUGACGCACUAAUCUCCAUUAGAGAAGAAAUAGCAGAGAUAGAGAAAGGAAAAGCUGAUAUCAAGAACAAUGUUAUCAAGGGAGCCCCUCAUCCUCUUCAAGUGCUCAUGGCUGAAAAGUGGACAAAACCAUACUCUCGGGAAUAUGCAGCCUUCCCUGCUUCAUGGCUUCGUUCUGCUAAGUUCUGGCCAACUACAGGCCGUGUAGAUAACGUGUAUGGUGAUCGCAACCUCAUCUGCACCCUUCAGUCACCACACGAAGAAGAAGAAAAGGCUGCAGCAACUGCUUAGGCUAAAUUUCUAGGUUCUUUCUACAGAACAAAUCAACUUUGUAUUCUUACUUCCUUUUUUUUUAUCAUGCUCCUUCUACAGGAGGUUGUUGUAUAUACAAAUUCCAUAUUUAUUGAUAAUCAACCGCAAAUAACGGUUUCUUAUAAAAUUAUAGUUUUCACUUGUUAUA